AUGGAUAUUAUAACUAGUAAUUUGCAGAAAUGUAAACAAUGUCGAAAAAGUUUAUCUAUGGAAGCUUUCAUUAAUGAAAAUACACGCCAGUUUAAAACUUGUCAAUUUAAUUCAGAACUUUUAACGCUAGAAGAAAUGUCAAAACAACUAUUUGUAAAGAUUUUAGAAAUUGACACUAAUGAAUACUUAGAAAAUCAUUUAACUGGAAUAGAUUUUAAUUGCAAUAUUUCAAUUGAUAUGAUGGACGAUGAUCCAAAAAAAUUAUCCAAGAUGAUCAUUGACUUAAUAAGUGAAAGUGAUGGCUAUUAUUAUAUUUAUAAGGAUUCUUAUACUUCAAAGAAAGCAUCCGAUAUUUUAACAUUUCGAUAUAAAUGUUCUCAAUGUAAGUCUCUUGCAAAAAGACCUAGAAAAAAUGAAUCCAUUGAAAAACAAAGAGAUCGAAUACCAAUUGAGCGAUUUAAUUGCAAUGGGUUGAUUAAAAUUAAACUUAAAAUGGGAACCAAUAUUGCAUCAGUUAAUCUUCAGCAUUCUAUAAUUCAUAAACGACUGAACGAUUUGGUGUAA